AUGCAAGAAGGAUCCACAGAAGAGCUCUACAGCAGCCAACCAUGUGAAGGCAAACUACAAGACCAUGCUGGACCACUGGUUAACAGAAGCAGAAAGACACUGGUGACAGGAGGUGGAGGCUACCUGGGAUACAAUCUGGGAUGUGCUCUUGUGAGGUCAGGAGUUGCUGCUGUUCUGUUUGACAUACGGAAACCUAAAUGGGAAAUUCCAAAUGGAGCAGAGUUUUUCAAGGGUGAUGUGAGGGAUUACGAAGCAGUGUUCAAAGCAUGUGAAGGGGUUGACUGUGUUUUCCAUGUUGCUGCAUGUGGAAUGUCAGGAUUAGAACAACUUCAAAAGAAAGAUCAGAUUGAAUCCAUAAACGUUGGAGGCACGAAAAUAAUAAUUGAUGUCUGCAAACAAAGGAAUAUCCCUAGACUGAUCUAUACCAGUACAGUGAAUGUGGUAUUUGGAGGGAAUCCUAUUGAAGAAGGAGAUGAAGAAACUGUGCCAUAUUUUCCACUGGAAAAGCAAUUUAAUCAUUAUUCUAGGACAAAGGCAAUUGCAGACCAAAUGAUUCUUGCUGCUAAUGGAACUUUGCUCAAAGGAGGGGAUAAGCUCCACACUUGUGUGCUUCGUCCACCAGGCAUAUAUGGACCAGAAGAGCAGCAGCACCUGCCACGAGUAGCUGUAAAUAUCCAGCGGAGACUAUUUAACUUCAAGUUUGGGAAUCAAAAAGUUCAGAUGAACUGGGUCCACAUAGGAAAUCUAGUGCAAGCUCACUUACUAGCUGCUGAGGCUCUCACCUCUGAGAAGGGUUAUGUAGCUAGUGGUCAGGCGUACUACAUACACGAUGGUGAGAACGUCAUCUUCUCGGAGUGGAUAGACCCUCUGUUUGAAAAAUUAGGCUACAGGAAACCCUGGAUCCACAUUCCUGUUCUCCUGGUUCAUAUAGCAGCUAUUGUGAUGGAAUAUCUACACCUGAUACUAAGGCCAGUUUUUAGCUUUACCCCUUUCUUGACAAGGAGUGAGGUGUGGAAUGUUACUGUAACUCACACUUUCCGAAUAGACAAGGCAAGAAACCAGCUUGGUUACAAUCCAAAGAAAUUCUCAUUUGCUGAUUCUGUGGAUCAUUACCUGAAAACAAGACCUGCUUCCCAAGAAGAUCACACACUCCUUAAAGGGAUCUUUGCUUUUGGCAUUUUGUUGAGUUUGAUCAUUCUUUCUUUCUUCUAA